GUAAACGGAAGCUGGGAAGCGGCUGAUGAGGCCUGGGUAGUUGUACUGAGAGCCAAAUCCUGAGUGUCAAUGACCUGUUCAGGUGCAGAGCAAGCAGGCCUGCACCACGGGGAAUCAUGUGGUGCAGACCUGGGGUCAGAACACACGGUGGACUUCGGGGAAAGUAAAACUCCGGGCUGCCGUGGGCGCCGCGCAGUGAAGCCUGGGGGAGUCUGCAGUGCAGCCUGGGGGAGUCUGCAGUGCAGCAGCUGGACCCGCCUCCCUACCGCCCUGGAUCCUCCCAGCCACUGGUGUGACUGUGGACUUCCAGAAGGACAGGCAGUGUCAGGAUCCUUCUGGGAAGGCCUUGUUGCAGAAUUUCAGCACUCUGGUUUGUGUGGGUGAGAACAGUUUGCUUCCAGCCUCCCUUGUUCCUCCUCAGGAAGAGGGCUCACUGAUCACCCAGACUGCUCACCUGUGAAGCACAACAAAGAGCCCUAGAAGGUGUAGAGGGAGGAGACAGUAGCUAAGAAUCCAGGUUGUGAUGGUUUGUAUAUAGUUGGCCCUGGGACUGGCAUUUUUUGGAGAUGUGGCCUUCUUGAUGUAGGUGUGCCACUAUAGGCUUGGGCUUUAAAACCUUCAUCAUAGCUGCUUGGAAGCCAGUCUUCUAGCUGCCUUCAGAUGAAGAGAAGAACCCUUAGAUCCUCUUGCACCAUGCCUGCCUGAAAACUGUCAUACCCCCACCUUGAUGAUAAUGAACUGAACUUCUGAACCUGACCACAAGCCAGCUAUUCAUUGUUCCGAAAGGAGACAUUCAGAGAAGAGAAGAGAAACAGAAACGGAUGAUUUUCCAGUAAACAUGUCCCAGUGUCUGUUGACAUUUGGGGAUGUGUCUGUGGACUUCUCGCAGGAGGAGUGGGAAUGCCUGGACUCUGCUCAGAGGGCUCUGUACAUUGAUGUGAUGUUGGAGAAUUACAGCAACCUGGUCUCUGUCGAGAACUACUCCACAUGUGAUACUGUUCAUCAACAUGUGAACACUGGAAAGGAGUCUUGUCAGCGUAAUAAUCUUGGUGAAAUGCUUCGCAAUCCCUCCCAUGAUGCACUUUAUAAAAGAGGUGACUCUACAGACACUUCUAAUAACCACAGAUGCUGUAAGGACAAGGAUUCCUCUGUUGACUCGUCAAACCAAUGCAGACAUAGGAGCAUCCACACUGGAGAAGAACCUUGCAUAUCUGAAGACUGUGAGAAAUCUUUAAAUGUGUGUUCCAGCAUUAUUCAAGACGAAAGACUCUACACUGGAAAUAAAGAACACAGAGAAGAUGAAUAUGACAACUAUUUCAACUGUACAUAUAAUCUCAUGCAACAAAACGUUUACUUUGAAGAGAAAUCACAUGAGUGUGGGAAAUGCGGUAAAUGCUUCAGUACCUCCUCAAGGCUCAUUAAACAUCAGAGAAUUCAUACUGGAAACAAACCUUUCAAGUGUAACAUUUGUGACAAAUCCUAUAACCGGUGUGCAAAUCUUAAAAUACAUCAAAGACUUCAUACUGGAGAGAAACCUUACAAAUGCAAAGAAUGUGGAAAGUCAUUUCGUCAAACCUCUGUACUUAAAAGUCAUCAGAAAAUGCAUACUGGGGAGAAGCCUUACAAAUGUAAGCAAUGUGACAAAUCCUUUGCCCACUCUUCCAGUUUUAGGACACACCAGAAAAUCCAUACUUCUGAGGAACACUGUAGUUGUUCAGAAUGUGGCAGGGAAUUUCAUCAGCUUUCACACCUUAGAAAACAUUACAGACUCCAUACUGGAGAGAAGCCUUACAAAUGCAAUGAGUGUGACGCAUCCUUUACCCACUAUGCAUCAUUAAAAUGGCAUCAGAAAACCCAUACUCCAGAGAUACAUUAUGAAUGCAAAGAAUGUGGGAAAUCCUUUCUUGAAUUAUCACAUCUUAAAAGGCAUUCUAGAAUCCAUACUGGUGAAAAGCCUUACAAAUGUGAGGUGUGUGACAAAUCCUUUUCUGUGAAUUCAGCUCUUAAGAUACAUCAGAAAAUUCAUACUGGUGAGAAACCUUACAAAUGUAUGGAAUGUGACAAGUCCUUUACUCAUAACUCAAAUCUUAGAGCACAUCAGAGAGUUCAUACUGGAGAGAAACCUUAUAGAUGUACAGAAUGUGACAAAUCUUUUACUAGGUCCUCCUACCUUAGAGCACAUCAGAAAAAUCAUACUUGAGAGAAACCUUACAAAUGCUAAGACUGUGACAAAACCUUUAUCCACCUUUCAAAUCUUAGAAGACAUCAAAGAGUUCAUACUGGAGUGAGACAUACCAAUGUAAAUCAUGUGACAUAGCAUUUAUCCAGUAUUAUCUUGGCUUACAAAUACAUAAUAGAAACAUAAGGAUGAGAAACUUGUAAAAGCUUUUAAUGAAGUUUUUUAAAUCUUAGAAAAUAUCACAGAAUUUAAGUUAAAAUUUUGCAAAUGCUAUUGUGUGAAAAGUUCCCUUCCCCCUCCCUCUUCCUUUGUGUGUGUGUGAGUGUAUAGGUGCUUUUAUGGUUGUAUCAUUGCACUACAUUGCAUAGUGCCCAUGGAGUCCAGACCUGGGAAGAAAUCCCCUAAAGCUGGAGAUAAAGACAUUUGUGUUUUGGGAAUUUUAGAGAAUUGGGGUAUUGAUUCCCCAAUCCUCUAAAAGAUUAGCUCUUGCUUUUAUAUGCUAAUCUAUCUCUAUACCCCCUGGGCAGAUUGGCAAUUAAAACAUCUUGUUCAUCAUCCAAAAAUUCAUAAUAAAAUUAUUAAUCCCGUGCAUGUUUGUGUUUGUGAACACCAUUUAAUCCCAGCACUCAACAAAGGCAAGAAGAUAUCUGUGAAUUCAAGGUUGUCCUGUUAUGGAUAAUUCAAGGACAGGCAGAACUACAUAAAUGUGUCUCAAAAAAUAAUAAUGAUGACAAAAUGUAAUAACAUUAAAAAUAUGGCAAAGAUCUCUAAUUGUUCUGUACAUCACAAAGUUUAUAUUUCUGAGAAACCAUAUAAAGUUAUACCAUAUAUAGUUCCAUGUCUUGCUCUUCAUUGGGAAUUAUACCUCCCCCAAAUGCGUUGAAUUUGACAAAGCUAUUACCUAGUGCUGAAAUUGCUGACUUAAAAGCAAAUUCAUCAUGAGAAAAAAUACACAAAAACUCUAAUAAAGUCUCAUCUUUUAUUCACCUUCAAAAUCUUUAUACUAGAGUGAAGCCUUACAAAUAGCAAGAACAUAAGAAACUAUAAAGAGAUAUAUAAGCUGUGCAUGUAGCAUCACAGGCAUGCUCACAGACAAAUCAGAAAUUGGUAAGAGUAUUGGGCUUGGUGGUGCAGACCUUUACUUCCAACACCCUGGAGGCAGAAACAAAUGGAUCUCUGAGUUCAAGAUCAGCUCUCAAGAAAAACCAGUGAGGGUGCACAGAAAUUCAUUUUGCACUAUUGAAGAAAAAUUGGGAGGUAUUAACCAAUGUUUUAAAUUAACAUCAUAUAGCUGUUAUUAACAGCCUGUCCACUCUCAAAGAGGUAAAAGAGACUAAGGGACUCUCCAUCAACUGUUAUUAAAUGGUAAUCAUCCAAUUCUUACACAGUUGCCUGUUCUUAGAAACUUCUGAAUGGUCGUGAAUCUCUUAUCCACUACCUGCUGUAAGAGGAGGCUUCUUUCACCAAGCUGGAGAGUUGUACAAACUGGAUAUGAAUAUUUAGAUGCCAAAUUAACAGCAGAAUCACUAACAAAAUUUCAAUUUGUUAUGUCCUUGGACCUACACUACCCAAGCCUUGGUGUUUGACCAUGGUAUAAAUUCCUCUCUAUGGGCAGGUCUCAAAUCCAAUCAAGAGACAGAUGGGCUACAGACAUCUCAUUUGUGUUGACCUUUUAGGAGCACCUUUCCUCCUCACUACUCCAGUACAUAUUUGAACCAUUCUGUUCCCAAUAUCCUCGCUCACUAAUUUCAUAUCACCCAUAAUCUAUUAUCCAUUCUUGCUUCCUGCAUCUCCCUUCUACUGGUCAAUUUCUAGCUUCUACAUGCAGUCUUACUUGAAUGAACAGAAACUUUGAAACUAAGAUCCACAUAUAAGAGCAAAUGUGCUGUUUGAAUGUUGGGGACCAAGAGGCAGAAUUCAUAAUUUCUAGUUAUCUACUUUUACCUCCAGAUACCACACUUUUAUUUUUAUUUACAACUGAGUAAUGUAUCAGGUUCCAUAGAUAUGUAUCAUAUUUUCACUUAUCCAUGUAUCAGUUGAUGGAUAUAUGAAUUGAUUCCAGGACUAGUGUGGUGGUUUGAAUAGGUGUGGCCCUCAGAGAUUCAUGUGUUUGAAUGCUUGGCCAUAGGAAUUGGCACUAUUAAAUGUGACCUUGUUGGAAGAAGUGUGUCACUGUGGAGAUGGACUAUGAGGUCUCUCAGGUUCUGCCCAGUGCAGAAAAUAGUCUCCUCCAAGAAUCCUGUUGAAGAUAGUCUCCUACUGGCCUUCUGAUGUAGAACUCCUCUAGUACCAUGUCUGCCUCCAGGAUGGCAUGCCUGUUGCCAUGAAGAUAAUGGACUAAACCUCUGAAACUGUAAGCCAGGCCCAAUUAAAUGUUUGCCUUUAUAAGAGUUGCCUAGGUCAUGGUGUCUCUACAAAGAAAUAAAACUGUAACUAAGAAGUGGUA